AUGCCGCGCUUGAUGCAGCUCAUGUCGGCAUUCCUGGCUGCUGGGCUCCCACAGCCAGAGCCAGGCGAAAGCUGCAAAGAUGACGAGUUCACUGUGCGUGUUCAACAUGGCCUAGCGGGAGCGCUGCUUGGGGAUUCCUUUGCUUGGAACCAUGAGCAAAGCGAUGUGUUUCUUUCGGAUUUGUCUGAACAGGAGCACAGCUGCCACGGCUUGGAGUUGUUGCACGCGCUGCGCUUUGUGUCGCUGGAGGGCUUCGAAUUCCGCCGUUUCUCCCAAUCUUGGAGGAGUUGGGCAGACUUUAUGCAUGAAGCUGAGCCAGACCGAAGUUGGAGUCCUGGUAGCGUGGAGGCAUUGAGCUUGCUGGAGCAGGGAGCAGAGCCAGAGGCGGUAGCUGGGCAUUACGUCGACUUAGAAGCUGCGGCCCGUAUACCAGCAUUGCUGCUUUUGGCUGAGCAUGCGGAUGACAAUGGCUUGGUCAUGGCAUCGCAGGAAAUGCAGAGAGUCACACAUGAAAAUCCCAAGGUGCUGCAGUUUGGAGACUUCGUCCUCCGUGCCGCCCUGGCGUUGCUCCGGUCGCGGAAGCCCUGCAGCAGUGCAGAGCGCCAAGCCACGAUGAUUUCCGCGCUGCGGUCAGCGGCACAGGGUGCGAGCUGUGAGCAUUUCCAUGGCUUACUGGACGAGGUGUUGACGGAAGUUCAAAGUCGAGCAUCCGUCCUCUCUGUCACGGGUGAGCUAAGUGGAUCUCUGGCGACUCUCCAUUCAGACAAAGAGGUCAUUGGUCGUUUGACUGCCAGUGGUGACGCACCGGGCGACGAGGUGCAGAGUGAGAAGACCUCCUUUGCGAUCCCCGCUAUUUUGUGGUUUGUGCUUGCCUCGAAGUGCCGUGCGGUUGUGAACCCAGAAAUGAAGGCUGCAGCGCCGUUUUGCCUUCCCAUAUUUUUUCGACACUGUCUUUCCAGCCUUUCUUCCUUUCUUUAG